AUGCUCAUGCCUGAGCCCAGGACGGCGGUCCUCCUCCUCGUCCUCCUCGGCCUGCUUCUGUUCAGCCCGAGUUCCGAAGCUGCUGGGCCAAAGCCCUGCUGCGCGUCACCGCCUUCGACGGUGCAGUGCACCAACGAGACAGUGUACGAUCGGGUGACAGCGGCACAGCCGACAUGUGCCACCACCUGGGGCCCGUCGUGCGUGGAUACGGUGCGGUCAGAGUUCCCAGGCUACUGCCCCGUUCCGCCGACCGGGUGCCAGGCGACGUGCGACUUUGAGGGUCCGAACGGGGAGCGGUGCUUCUGGGAAGAGUGCGACGACGGUAACUUCAACAACACCGACUACUGCACCAACAGCUGCGAUCUGGCCCGCUGCGGUGACGGCAUUGUGCAGGCGGUAAUUGGCGAAGAGUGCGACGCUGGCGCCGCCAACGCCGAGGGCGGCGCCUGCCUCCCCACCUGCAAGAUCGCCCGCUGCGGCGACGGCUUUGUUCGCACCGGCAUCGAGGCGUGCGACGACGGCAACACCAACGAUGCCGAUGGCUGCCUUUCGACCUGCGUCCUGGCGGUAUGUGGCGAUGGCAUCUUCCGCUCCGACCCCGGCUCGCCCGAAGAGUGCGACGACGGAAACGCCAUCAACACCGACGGCUGCCUCGCCAACUGCAGGCUCCCGCGCUGUGGCGACGGCUUUGUCCAUGCAGGCGUCGAGGCGUGCGACCUCGGGACCGGUAACUCGGACAGCCUGCCUAACACAUGUCGGCUCAACUGCACGCUGCCGACCUGCGGCGACGGCGUGAUCGACUCGACGAACCUGGAGAUGUGUGACCCGGGCGGCCUCAUCUCUGACUCGGGCUGCUGUGUCAGCUGCAAGUUUACGCCCGGCGCGUGCUCGUCGUGCAUGAACUUGACGCACGCCCUGCAGGGCACUUGCGUCAGCGGUGUGUGCACCACCGGCGCACCCGUCUCCUGCGCCCCGUACGUCUGCGACAGCAUCGAGUCGAUCUGCCUCACCCGGUGUGCCACAGACUCACAGUGCCUGCCCGGCUACGGAUGCUCGGGCUCGUCAGUGUGUGUGCCCAACAGCGAGCUCGACGCCUUUGGCCUAUUUCCGUCGCCGCCGCUCAGCACAAGCGUUGUCGGCCGCUACGCCUUUCUCAUCUGCCUCCUCGCCUUUACCGCCGUUGGCGCCUCGUCCAAGGCCGAUGCUGCUGCUGACGCCGAGGCCCACACCGCGCUCAUCGGCGGCGGCUUUGACGACGCCGCCACUGUGGGAUGGGCGUCGGCUUCGUCGGUCGCCACAGCCUCAUCCACAGCAACGUCAACCUCGACCUCGGCCCUGUCAUCGUCGUCGUCGUCGUCGUCGUCGUCCACCUCGAGCUCCACGUCAUCAUCCUCAAGUAGAUUGGACUCGUCAUCGUAG